AUGUCUCAACAACAGCAGCCCAAAUACCUCACUGGCGACCCUUCCGCCAUUCAGGAAUUCCUCGAUAAGUUUGACGUCUUUCUGAUCGACUGCGAUGGCGUACUCUGGUCCGGAGACCACCUGUUCGACGGCAUCCGCGAGACGCUCGCCUUUCUUCGCUCAAGAGGCAAGCGCACCGUCUUCGUAACAAACAACUCUACAAAGUCCCGCCCCGACUACCACAAGAAAUUCGCCGCCCUAGACAUCCCUUCGGAUGUGGAAGACAUCUUUGGCUCAGCCUACUCCUCGGCCGUCUACGUCUCCCGCAUCCUCGACCUCCCCGCCGGCAAGCGCAAAGUCUUUGUCAUCGGCGAGGCCGGCAUCGAAGCCGAGCUCCGCGCCGAGGGCGUCGACUUCAUCGGCGGCACCGACCCGAAUUUACGCCGCGACAUCACCCCCGAGGACUUUGCCGCCAUCGCCGACGGCUCCGCCCUCGACCCGGAAGUCGGCGUCGUGCUCGCGGGGCUGGACUUCCACAUCAACUACCUCAAGCUGUCGCUCGGCUACCAGUACCUGCGCCGCGGCGCCGUGUUCCUCGCCACCAACACGGACAGCACCCUGCCCAUGUCGCAUACCUUCUUUCCCGGCGCGGGCUCCAUCUCGAUCCCGCUCAUCAACAUGUCGCAGCAGCAGCCCGUGGCUCUGGGCAAGCCGUCGCAGGCCAUGAUGGACGCCGUCGAGGGCAAGUUCCAGCUGAACCGCGAGCGGACGUGCAUGAUUGGCGACCGCCUCGACACCGACAUCAAGUUUGGCAUCGAGGGGAAGCUGGGCGGCACGCUCGCCGUGUUGACUGGCGUUCACAAGAAGGAGGACUGGGAGAAGGAGGGCGCCGCGGCUGUUCCGGCGUACUACGUUGACAGCCUCGCCAGCUUGAAGCUUGAUGCGUGA